CAAACACGCCACCACACAAGUGUUGUUUCGUUUCUUUGCGAUUAUUGUACUUUCUUAUUCUGUUCUCUAAUUAAUAUCUUGUCCUUGAUUCUCCUGUUCGUAGCCUUCAUUAUUUUUUCAUUAUUUGUUUCACAUCCAUUAUUGAUGUUUAUCAGUAUCCGACCACAUUAAAUAACUCACUGUAGGCUCGUUUGUUUUUAUAGGUGGAACCUGUUAUAGCUAGAAAUUGGAGGUUUGGAUCACAUAUAUAUAUAUAUAUACCUCUUCAUCUUCUUCAUUGGUUCACCAAAUUAGAAUUUGUUUGAGAUGGAUGCUUCUUGGGGGAUUGCUGGAUACAAGUAUGAUUGCUUGCUUUUCGAUAUGGACGAUACUCUCUACCCAUUGAGCUCAGGUCUCAAUUUGGCAUGUCGGAAGAACAUAGAAGAGUACAUGUUAAAACACUUGCAUAUGGAAGAAAGUGAAGUACCAAAGAUUUGCCUGGACUUCUACAAGGAAUAUGGGACAACUAUGGCAGGACUAAAGGCCUUUGGUUAUGAAUUUGAUAAUGAUGAAUUUCAUGACUACGUGCAUGGAAGACUACCAUACUGGAAACUGAAGCCAGAUCCAGUGUUAAGGAACCUUCUGUUUUCCAUGCCUCAGCGUAAAAUAGUAUUCACCAAUGCAGAUCAGGCUCAUGCACACCAAGUGCUCAACAGAUUGGGCUUGAUAGAAUGUUUUGACAGUAUUAUAUGCUUUGAAACGCUUAAUCCUCCUGAUCACAAAGAUGUACCAACUGAUAAUCGCGUGCUAGCAUGGAGCAACUGCAACUCGUUGAACAAAGAAGAUUGUAACCAGGUAGAGAGUGAAUGCUUUAACUCCAAGACACAAAUCCUCUGCAAACCCUCUGUUGAAGCCAUUGAAGCUGCCAUUCAGAUUGCUAAUGUAGACCCAAGGAAAACGUUGUUUUUUGAUGACAGUGCUAGAAACAUUGCAAGUGGGAAAGCUGCUGGAUUUAACACAGUUAUUGUGGGACGCUCAGAUUUGGUGCCGGGAGCUGACCAUGCACUGAACAGCAUUCAUAACAUCAAAGAAGCAUUACCCGAGAUAUGGGAAGUUGAGGGAGACCACCAGCAAAUAAUCCAAUCUCAAGCAGUUGAAACCAUGGUCCUUGCAUAGAUUUUGCUUUGAAUAAGCAAAUUUUUACUAUCGAGCAAUCCCAACCAUGGUGCAUAGCAGUUGGCUCCCCACAAACAGUGAUGCUUAAAAAUGUAAAUCAUGUUGUUGGGAGCAUGUGACGUAAACGCAAAUAACAAUAGCAUAAAGAAAUGGAAAUGAGAAUAUUAUUGUUCUAAAGAUUAA